AUGUGCGUGAAUGCGAAGGGGGAUGUCGUCACUGGCAGUCUAGAUGGCACUGUCAAGGUGUGGGAUACGGCGGGGCUGGGUGAUGACAACGACGAGGAGGAGGAGCAGGGGAAGGGGUGGAAGCUCCUCCAUACGUAUAAAUAUCAAGGUCAUGGUAUCACUGAUAUCGCAUGGUCGGGUGGGCAGGGCCUGUCUAUGGUUGUGUGCCUCGAUGACGGGUCUCUCAUCUCGCGUCGCAGGCGGCCUCGGGACGGGGAGGUUGAUGAUGCUGCUGAGGGUGGUGUACAGUACUUCACACAAACAGCUAAAGUGAGACACUCUCACUUGGAGGUCCUAUUGAGGCGAUUCGAGUAA